AUGAAGUCGACGCAGCAGGACACGCAGCUCAACAGCCAGCUCAACAACUCCUUCGGCAGCGGCUACACGGUGUUCGCCCCCACCGACAACGCCUUCACUAGCCUCAAGCCCGGCACGCUCAACAAGCUGUCGCAGCAGGAGCAGGUGUCGCUGGUGCAGUACCACAUCCUCCCGCAGUUCUACUCCCUCGACUCCUUCGAGACCGCCAGCAACCCCGUCCGCACCCAGGCCUCCGGCUCCGACGGGCCCUACACCCUCAACAUCACCGCCGACAGCAACAACCAGGUCAACGUCUCCACGGGGCUCGUCGCCACCAGGGUCGGCACCGCGCUGCGCGACACGCAGCCGCUAGCCGUCUACUCCGUCGACAAGGUGCUCCUGCCCAACGACCUGUUCGGCGUCAAGCCGCCGUCGUCGGCGCCGCCCGCCCCCAACAAGAAGCCGUCCAAGGGGGGAUCCGUGGCCGAGGCGCCCGCCGGCUCGGCCGACUCCGCGCCCACCGGCGCCGCGGCCGGCGGCGCCAGGGUCGCCUGGUGGAGCGUGUUGGCCGCCGUGGUUCUGGCCGCGGCGAGCAGCCUGCUGUAAGAAUAUAUAUCCGCGGACAAGUUAUGGAUCGUCGUCCCAACAAACACGGCGAGAGCCUGCGUGCAUGUGUAUGAGUAGUUCUUGUUGCGAUUUCAUUUUCCUCUCCUCCUCUUGAUCUUGGAUUUGUUUGUUGCUAUCACCUGGUUUGGAGAAAACCGGGGCACGUGAUCCCGAUCCCUGAAUGAUGCUCAGUUACUGCGAUGUUUAUUUCUCCA